UAAAUUUAUACGCUUUCAAUAGGCUGUUAACAUUACUUCACCUUAGAAGGUGAUUUUUUUCAACUUUCGUUUUAGAAAGACUAGUACAAAAUGGUGCAUACAUAUUUAUUAACAUUUCUUGUUGUGAUAACUUGUCAGAAAGGCACAGCUUCAGUGUUUGGAUGGUUUUGGAGCAAGAAUAUGGAUGAUACCACUGUGUUAGUAGCUGAUGGUGUCCCAUUAGUUUCAAUUCCAUAUGAAUCAAUGACAGAGGAUGAAAAGUUUCUUCAGGAAGCAGCAAAGUUUACAGACAUUCAAGUGUCAUCUCCAUUGGAGACAUGCCAGCAUAAAGUCAUCAUGAAGAUUAAAAGUUCCUGUUCUGACAUGACAGAAGAGCAGCUUGCCAAAUUAAGUGUUAAUCUUUUGAAUUGUCAGUCUGCAGUGGAAGGCAGGAAAAUGUUUCCAUGUACUGAAGAAAUGUCAUUGAAACAAUGUACAACAGAUAUGGAUGCAGAUAUGUGGAAUGCUUAUCACUUAAUGAGCAACAGAGCUAGAGCAGUUUGCUAUGCAGCCCGCAGUACUCAUUUUCGUGGUCUUACAGAACUGACUGUGAACAAAUUAAUGCAAACAGCACAUACACAAAUUAAAACAUUAAGUUCCUUGAAGGAAAGUCAAGAUCGUUUGGAGGAACAGACAGUAGAAGCAUUAUCUUCUUUAUCAGAGGGCAAUAAAGCAUUACUAGCACAACAACAGCAUUUAAAAGAUGCACAAACUUCAGCUUAUAAUCUUGUAACAACAAAUCUGAGGGAACUAAUUAAUGAAAAAGCCUUAAUUCGAUCUGGACAUGUUCAACUUGCUGCAAUGUCGGAUGAUAUCAAGAAAAAAUUAGAGGAGGCAAAUCAAAAUUUGGCACAACAAGCCAUUGAACGCGGCGAAAAUCAUAAAGAAAUACUCGAAGACUUGAUGAAUAUUCAAGAGCAAGCACAAUUACUUUGGCAUAAAAUAGAAUCUAGUACAAAUCGAAUUUUCCAACAACAUGAAGAUGCACUUAUGCAAUAUGAACAAACUUUGCACAAAUUGGGACAGAUUAAUGAUACUAUUCAAUACAUAUGGAAUAUGACAAAUGUCAUGCGUGCAGAGGUGGAUGACAAACUCAAUUGGAUCACCAACUACAUUGGAGACACUGGGGAGCAAAUGUACAGAAUGUAUCGCAUAGGCUUCCAUAUUGUUUAUUUAUUGUUUGCUAUGGUAAUAGCAGCAUUUCUCCAUGCACCAUUGUUAACCAGAGUCACAAUUCUAGGACUUGUACCUUUAAAUUUAGUAUCUUACUUAAAACACGGCAUGGAUGCUUGCUUAGAUUUUACAUCCAUGACUGUGUUGAUAUUCUUCAUUACAAUAAUGCACUUUAUUAUGGUUGGAAUUCAACGCACAUUCGGUCCAAAAUCGAAAGCACCGGGACCACAAUCUGUUCAGGUUACCAAUCAAAACGGCCACGCGAAUGGAACCGCACAGGAUUACACUUCUUCGUCGUACACUAAUCUCAAAUCGUCACAUUCUUUCUCUGUAUUAUUCUACCUAAAACUAAAGAGAAAUACUCGAGAAGUAUACAACUUUGUACGCUAUCAGAUAAAUUGUUGCAUUCAGAAAUUUAAUUCGCUGGUGCAGUCUAUGAUUUCUUGGAGCAGACAAAGUUUAUCACAACGCGAAGAGCUGUCCUGCUCGUACAUGCCCUCAAGGAAAACUCGCGAGGAUGUUGUCUAUAACUACGAGCAAGAUUUUCCGAGCAUGUCCGAAGAUAUUACAGACUUCGAACAGUCGAACGUGAUGGACGAGAGAAACGAGAGUAUCGAUGAUCUCGACAAGUUAAUCGACGCUAACGAUUUGAGGCGACGUUUAAUAAGAGCUGGAGGUGUUGACAGCAGAUCCUCUUAUUCACCCUCCAGAAGUGUUAUUUCGUCAUUUGGAACGUCCAGAAUUUUCUGUAAUGCCAUAACGAGAAGCGGUAAGAAAUGCCGUACGUAUGCAAUGCAUGGCCAGCUCUAUUGCCGCAGACAUAUAAUGUCAAACUCGAUUAUGGGUGACUGA